GCCACUAGGAAAGAUCACUUCCCUUUGCCAUUUAUUGAUCAAAUGAUAGAGAAACUUGUAGGGCACGAAUAUUAUUGCUUCCUAGAUGGCUAUUCCGGGUAUCUUCAAGUACCCAUUGCACUUGAAGAUCAGGAGAAGACUACUUUUACUUGCUCAUAUGGAACAUUUGCGUUUAGGAGAAUGCCAUUUGGACUAUGCAAUGCACCAGCUACUUUCCAGCAUUGUAUGAUGUCUUUGUUUGGUGAUUUCAUCGAUGACUUUAUGGAAGUCUUCAUGGACGACUUCUCCAUUUAUGGAUCAUCAUUUGAUGAAUGCUUGCAUAAUUUAGAAAAGGUACUUCAAAGGUGUGAGGAAUCUAACCUUGUUUUGAACUGGGAAAAAUGUCAUUUCAUGGUUAAGGAAGGAAUAGUUCUAGGACAUAAAGUGUCCUCCAGGGGCAUCGAAGUGAAUAAAGCUAAGGUAGAACUGAUUGAAAAGCUUCCUCCACUGCAAUCAUUAAAGGAUGUUAGGGGUUUUCUGAAAGAAUGGUAG